UCCGAAGUUGGAGAGACUUUUCCUAACACUACUCCAACCCAGAUAUCCACCAAGACCUCUGCACUAGUGAGCAAUAAUGGCUGCUCCUGUCCAGAGCAGGAAGCUGCGCAUCCUCCUCAUGCCCUUCUUCGCCUCUAGCCACAUCGGCCCAUUCACCAACCUCGCCGUCCACCUCGCGGCUGCGCGGUCGGACAUCGUCGAGGCCACCGUCGCCGUCAGCACGGCGAACGCCGCGGUCGUGCGGUCAGCUCUUGCACGGCAGCUGAGCCCCGGCAGCGCGACGGCGGUGAGGAUAGCGACGUACCCGUUCCCGGUGGUGGAUGGCCUCCCGCCGGGGGUGGAGAACCUCUCGACCGUCAAGGCCGAGGACGCGUGGAGGAUCUCCGUCGCCACUUUCGACGAGACCGUGAUGCGGCCCGGCCAGGAAGCCCUCAUCAGGGAGCACUCGCCGGACGCCAUCAUCAGCGAUGGGCACUUCUUCUGGAACACCGACAUCGCCGCCAAUCUCGGCGUGCCAUGCAUCUCUUUCCAAGUCAUCGGAACCUUCGCGGCGACGGCCAUCACACACCUCAGGGAUGCCGACAUCCAUGGCAUCGCUGAAGGAGGUGUGGUGGCUCUGCCUCGAGCUGAAGGCGGCGGCGACAUACUGAUCCCGCACACGGAGCUGCCUGAGUUCGUGAGGAGCCAGGAAAUCUUGGACGGCCCCGUCAUGGAUCGGAUCACCUCGAGCAUCAAAAGGUGCGCCGGCCGGGCCGUGAACACCUUCUACGACCUGGAGCAAGGGUACUGCGACAUUUUCGCGAGCAGUAUAAAGACACUGCCCUCCUACUUCGUUGGGCCUCUCGCGCUGCAGCCGGCGGCGGAGGCGCCGGCAGAAACAACAACAGGAGACAGUGCAGGAGCAGGGCACUCGCCGCCGUGCAUCGAAUGGCUGGACAGAAUGCCAUCUCGAUCAGUUGUGUUCCUAUGUUUCGGCAGCUUGACCCAUGUCUCCGAUGCCCAGCUCGUGGAGCUAGCUCUCGGGCUUGAAGCCUCGGGGAAGCCGUUCCUUUGGGCCAUCAGGAAGGAUACAUGGUCGCCGCCGGACGGGUGGAUGGAUCGUGUUGGGGAGCGGGGCAUGCUCGUCAGGGGCUGGGCGCCGCAGACGCAGAUCCUGGAACACCAGGCGGUGGGGGCGUUCGUGACCCACUGCGGCUGGAACUCCGUGCUAGAGACGGUGAGCGCCGGCGUGCCGGCGCUGACGUGGCCGAUGGACUUCGAGCAGUUCAUCAUCGAGCGGCUGCUGACCGAAGUCCUGGAGAUCGGGGAGCGGCUGUUCCCGGAGGGUGCCGGGGUGCGGAGCACCAGGCCUCAGGAGCACGACCUGGUCACGGCCGAGGUCGUGGCGCAGGCGGUGACCAAGUUCAUGGAGCCCGGAGGCAGGGGAGAUGCGGCGAGGAGACGGGUGAAGGAGCUCUCCGCCCGGGCUCAUGCUGCCGUGGCGGAAGGCGGCUCCUCUCACCGCGACCUGCACCGCCUGAUACACGACCUCGUGCAAGCAAGAACAGCCGCAGCAAACUAAUAGCAGCACCCUCGAAAAUAUUCCGCACAGCCUCUCUGCUGUGGCUAGAAGUUGAACGACUAGCUGGUGCUAUUCUGAAGCUUCGGAGGUGGAACUGGAAGCAUCGAUGAUGUAUUUUGUAUGGCUACACGUCGGCCAACACGAACAAAGUAGUUUUAUUGCAAUAAACUUAGGAUUCAUUAUCUUUUCUGAAAAACUUAUUGAUUACUCGUUGGGGUUAAUCUAAAACCCAUUUAUGCUUGUGGGUGAACAACAUCAGGCGACGCGUUUGAAGUUUGUCGCGUACCUCAUUAUUAGUAUUUUUCAUUGGUGGCCUAUCUCUUUAA